AUGGCUGGAGGAAAAGACUGGUCGACGUUACCAAGCGUUAUAAUAGUGGAAAUUCUUUCGUACCUAUCUUUUGAUGACAUUUUAAAAAGUUCGUCCGUCUGCAAAAGUUGGAGAUCUUGCCUCUUUCAUCCAAAUUUAUGGCACAUCGUGUUUUUUUCGCUGGAUACGAAGGGGAUCAGCCGAGCAAAAUUUCUUGCAGAAAAUUGUGGACGAUUUAUUCGGGAAGCGACUGUCAAAUUCGACUCGAAAAAAUCUCUGGAGGUGAAGGACUGCAUUGAAUUGUUGAACAUCUUUUCUAGAAAUAAGAAUUUGGAGCAGUUUUCUCUUCGACCAUCUAAUUGUCAUAUUUUAUGGUCUGAAAAGGAAGGAAAGGCUGCGAUUGACAAAAUUUUGGACCAUAUUGAAGAAAUUAUCAAGAAUUCAAGAAAAUUGAGUCAUUUUAGUUUGGGAUGUGUGGAAGAGUUAUCUUCCCAUUCUAGUAGUCUUGUUCAACAACUAGUAAAAUAUCACAGUAAAAAUUUAACGUCUCUUCAUCUACCUACAGUUAAAGAAGAUGGAUGGGGAAUAACUGAUGAAGAUAUAAUUGCCAUGUCUCGUCUCCGAGGUGAAAGUCUCCACAAGUUUGUUAUUCCCAUGUCCUGUAUAUUUUCGGCCAUGAAUCUAGAAGAUGAACACGGCAAUGAUGAUGAUGAUGAGAAUUCUGAUGAUUUGUCCGUUCAUUCCAUCAGUCAGGAGUUUUUUGACAAGGUAUCUAAAUCGUUAAAAAGAACAUGGUGGCCUGUAGAAGACACAGAUCUUCCGUUAGGUCUGUUUGACGCCAACGCAGAUUCUGAAGAAAUUUACAUGGAUACUUUAUUAGACGACCAAUUAUCAUCGUAA